AUGGACAAUGACGCCUCAUCGGAUACCAAAGAGUCAAAGACAGAUGGCGAAGUCCAGAACCCAUUAGCACCUCCUCCACGGCCUAACCCAACGGCCGCCACUGAUACACCCGACUACUUCAAUUCAGUUCACAACCCCUUCGCUUUGGAGCCGAAUCCCUUUGAGCAGUCAUUCGGCGGGGGCUCCGGGGAAACCCCAGGGAAGUCAAUACUUCCUCCUGUCGCUUCGAUAACGUCGCCUGCCCUGCCAGGCACUAGCUCCGCCGGCGGCGCAUACAACUGGUCGAACUCCCUGCGCUCGGGCCCUCUGAGUCCGGCCAUGCUCGCAGGGCCUGCCGGUGGGAGCGACUACUUCGACAGCAUUGGAAGGGGCUUCCCAACGCCGAAUGAGUCUUCACUCCGCACCGGUUUGACGCCAGGUGGCGGAGGUUCCAUGUUCCCGGCCCCGAGUCCCAACUCUCAAGCUUUGUUAAACCAGCUGCAAAACGGAGGCGCAACUCCCUCUACCAUUGAGUUCCACCGCACAGCAUUGAAUGUAAAGAAGAACGGCAUUGCGCCUACAUCCAACCCAACCGGCGAAGCCGACCAAGUACCACAGAUUGCAACAACCAUGGACAUAAAAGCAGCACAACCCGCGACGGUCGACUUCGGGCCGCAUGAUGCAGCCGAUGCUGCUAACGGCCUGUUCAUGCUGGCCAAGGGCGGACAACCGACGGCGAACCAGUUUGCUGCCGUGCCGAACCAGACGGCCAUCCCACCACAGACACUUCAGACUAGCGAAAUCUUACACGAUCAAAAUGCCGCCCGACGCCAAUCGGCCAAUGUAAAUGGUGUAGUUAACGUGAGAGAACCCAGCGGCGACGCCUCAGAUAUGCAAAGUGAGGCCAAACCUGCCAGAGGCAGGGGCAAGAGAAACGCGUCUACGAAAGCGUCAAGUACAGGAAACAGGCGCAAGACGGACGAUUCCACGCAGGGAUCGAACAAGAGGACGAAGCUUAACAACGGCUCGGUCAGCACAGAAUCUCCGUCGGAGGGGGAAUCAGACGACGAAGACCAGCAGCCCGCUUCGAAGAAGAAGGCCGGCGAGACGAAGAAGAUGACUGAUGAGGAGAAGAGGAAGAACUUUCUUGAGCGGAACAGGGUUGCGGCACUCAAAUGCCGACAACGGAAGAAGCAGUGGCUUGCCAACCUCCAGGCAAAGGUCGAACUGUUUACGUCAGAGAAUGACGCGCUUACGACGACUGUUACUCAACUACGGGAGGAGAUUGUCAACCUGAAGACAUUGUUACUUGCACACAAAGAUUGUCCGGUUUCACAGGCGCAGGGGCUUAUCUGGAACCCGAAUCCUCCAUACACUUGA